CGAUGACAUCCAUCGAACCAUUUCCUUCCUUACCCUGCAGCUCAAGGUUCUGCGGACUCGCCUGUGAUUGUUCCAAACGAUCCGCCGUCUCACGAGGGCAAAAUACAGGGAAACUACUGUUGCAUGGCACUUUAGGCAUACAAAGGCGCCAUGGCUGGACAAGGUGACCUGCAGGAGCUGCUGAGGAUGUUGAAUUCACGAAAGGUCCCCAUGAUGGCAGCCAUGGGUCACAUCAAGGCACUUCAGGCCAAGAGCCUUCGGAGUAUCAACGACAUUGCGGAAGCACCUAUUGCUAUAGUUGAAGAAGCAAUUAGUGAUGCGAAGCUCGCAAAGAGCCUCCACACGGCCUGCAAAGGUCACGGAAAGAAGUCGGCCAAACGUGCUGCCGAGGACGAGACGUCGACGACGACCAAGAAGGUCAAGCUGGAGCCUCACAAGCGCGACUUGGACUAUAGUUCCAUGUCGCCGGAUGAGCUCGAGAAAUCGCUGAGCUUGCCGCUCGUUGAAGAUGAAGACGCAAUUCGCCAAACGGUCAUAAACACGAACAGGGCGCCGGUUGUCCUCGCCUUUGCUGUCGAAUUGCUCCGAUGCACCAUGCCCGAGCAGCCGCCGAGCAGCCGCCUGAGUCUGGCCCAGGCGGUGGUCAGCGCCAACUCGAGAGCCAAGGCCAUCAGCCUGGGCAUCGAGAAGGCGCCGGCUGGAGGUGAGAUGACAGUCCCGGAAGGCCAACCCAAAGUCCGAGUGCUCGGACGGGAUGUACCGGUUCUCAAACGAGGCGGCUACACGUGGAAAUCGGACGAUGUUGAGAAUCAGCCAUCAACGCAGAGCUCUACCAGCACUGGUGCCGCUGCAACGUCGCAAGAGCCGAGGGCGAAGAUCUGGACAGCGAGCCAAAAGCUGUCAUCCAAGGGCUCCGUGUUCGUGGCGCAUGCGACUCGGCUGUCGUCGCCGACGCAGCGGGCAAGCCUGAUGAAGGCUCUCAUGGCCGAGAAGCCAGAGCUGGAAACGGCGACGCAUAACGCCUGGGCUGUGCGUUCGAGCUAUGGAAACUCGCCUCUGGUCCAAGAGGCAUCGUUUGACGACGGCGAGUCAGGCUGCGGGAAAUUCAUGCUCGGAAUCAUGCGGGAAAUCGACAUCAAGAACGUUCUGGUUGUUCUCACGCGAUGGUACGGUGGAGUGAUGCUUGGCCCAGACCGGUGGCGACUGAUGAGGGAGUGUGUCAACGAUUCCCUAUCCAUGCAGCGGCGCACGUCCUCGCUUGCGGGCGAAGCCGUCUGGGCGCUCGACCCCCAGGACGACAAGCCUGCGGCAUCGACAGUCGGAAUGGCCAUCCACCGACCGGAGGGGGCGAGGAACUACCUGCUCCGGAGCUUCGCAACCGCUCACGAAGAUGGUACGAGUGAAGGAAAGAAGACGGCCGCGGCAUUGAAUGAGGAGAAGCAGGAUAAUCUUGGGCGACUUCUAGGUGCUUUGAGAAUACUGUUCACGAGUUGGAACUCUGUGUUGAGUAGGGAAGAGCUGGACAGACGGGCUUGGGGCUGGUAUAUUGCGGUACGGCCGGACGUGGAAUCAGGACCGUCUGGAUGGGGAGCCAAGGGAAACUUAAGGCUCGAAAGGAUACUGGACCUGAAGCGAAAAGAAUCCUAAAGUAGCGUUUCCUUAUGGCGCUGCCGAAGGAGAGCAACUACUUAUAUUCAAGUCAUACGUCGAACCGACGGGCA